AUGAAGAAAUUCCGAGGUUUUUUGCUUAAACAUAGAGUCAUCUCACUAUUCCGAUGCAUCCGCCGGAGAAACCAGCUGUCGCCGAGGGGAUACCAUCGGCUAAACCCAUCUCUCAGAUCGUUUUCAAAAUUCUUGAAGUGGGGUGCUCGAGUUAAGGCGAAAGCAAGAGCUGUUUGUUCUAUAAACCCCGCUUUUCGUUCGGGUUACUUUCGUAUAGGAAAAGACUCCGUUGUGGAAACGGAUCAUGCGCCGCCGCACGCGACUGUUCCGAAGGGAAAGAUGGCUGUGUACGUGGGACAGGACGACGGCGGUUUCGAGAGGGUGUUGGUGCCGGUGAUAUAUAUAAACCAUCCUUUGUUUGGGCAGUUGUUGAUGAAGGCGGAGGAGGAAUACGGUCAUGAUCAUCCCGGUGGUAUCACGAUUCCUUGCCGGAUUUCAGAGUUUGAGAACGUGAAGACUAGGAUUGCCGCUGGAAGCGGUGGCCGGAAAAUGAUACCCUCACCCUGGUAG